UUAACAAUAAGAGGCAAGCAAACAGAAGCGUAUCCUUUCUAGUUUCUAAUUAAUUUUAUAUACCAGAAUGUCAUUUCGUGAUUUAAGAAAUUUUACGGAGAUCAUGCAAGUUCUCGGUUAUCCUCGACUGAUAUCUCUCGGAAAUUUCCGUUUGCCAAAUUUUCCACUUGUUGCGGAAAUUCUCGUUUGGUUGGUGAAAAGAUUUGAUCCAGAUACAGAGAUAUCUGGGGAACACAAUACUGAACAAGAACGUAUUUUACUGAUACGAACUAUUGCUGAAUUCAUGGCCUUGAAAGCAAACGUAAAAUUAAAUACCAAGAAAUUGUAUCAGGCUGAUGGCUAUGCUGUGAAAGAAUUAUUAAAAAUAGCCACAUUAUUGUACGAUGCUCAGAAUAAUAGUAACAAUAAUAGCAUAACAUCCCAUGACAAUGUUGGUCUAGCUAAUUUUGAUAUAUCUGAUAAGAGUGAGCAAUUGAAAUCAACUAAACAAUUAGCCAGUCAAUUAACUGUUACCGGUGCAUCGUUGUUUGAUUUGCUGGGACGUGAGGUGGAUUUCCGAGAAAUUCGUAAUUCAAAGGUUUCCAGUGAAUUUGAUACAUCAGAAAUUGAAGCAGCUUUGAGAAAUGUUAUUGAGAAUACACGUAAAGAAAUUGAUGACACCAAGAAGCAAAUUGAAAGCGUCAUGGAUACAGAACAAAACCUGGACACAAGAAUCGAAAGAAGACGCGCAGAACUAGAGAGAAAUCAAAAAAGGCUACAAACAUUGAAGAAAGUACGUCCAGCUUUUAUGGAGGAAUUUGAGAAGCUUGAAAUUGAAUUGAAAGCUUUAUACGAAAAUUAUAUAGAGAAAUUUCGAUAUCUUGCGUAUCUCGAACAUUUAUACGAAGACGAAGCUAAAGCUGAACAAGAAAGAUUCGAAAGGAGGCAAGAAGCAACACGAAAUCAGCUGAAGAAAAUGAGAGCUGAAGAUGCUAAUUUUGAAAGCAUGAUGGAAGGGAACGAUUCCAUCCUACCCUCGAAUCUUCAAGAACCUCCACCACCUCUUAGCGAUAUAGAAAAACAAAACACCGAGAAAACAGUUCCAAGCAGUCGACUGAAAUCAGCUGGCCGAUCGUCGAGAACGCAAAUAUCACAGCGUCGAAUUUAUGGCAGUAUGUCUGGGCGUCGAAGAGGAACGAUUCAAGAAUCAAAUGACAGUGGUGGUUCAUUAGACAGCGAUAGUGAUCUGUUAAUUGACGGUGAUCUGGAUGACGACGAUGAAGACGACGACGACGACGACGACGAUAUUCUAGACUCGGUAGGAAGAUCGGACAUCGGGAACUUUGAUCUGAAGGUUGGGCAAGAAAAACGAGCCGUUAGUAAGAUAGAUCAUUCGGACGAGGAUUUUUAACCAGGUUACAAAAACCAUUUACAAAAACUUGAAAAUAUACCGUUCGUCUUAUUAUCGAUCCAGUAUGGGCAUAUUUUUUUUUCCUUUUUUUUUUUUUUUUA